UAUACAUGUAUUCAUGUACCUAAUACCUAUCUCAGUGAAUUACGAAUUCAAAAAGUAAAGUUGGAUUUUUUUUUUCAAAAAUAAUUUUUUCGUUGCUAUGAAGUAAUUCAUUUGUUUGAGAAAAAUCGACAUGAAAAUUCAGUGCUUAAAGAUUCUAUAUUCAAUGUUCAGAAUAUUACAAAUAAAUAAAAUAAUACAUCUUUAAAUUGUCAUUUCCUAAACAAAUAUAUUAUCACAGUAAAUAAAAAACCAGUCAGGAUUUUAUUAAAUCAAAAAGUUUAUCCUGUAAGAGAAAACAUUAAAAGAAAGUAUAAAUUAUGAGUACCGAAGUUAAAAAUAUUCAAGAACAAAAGGAAUAUGAAAUUACAAUGAGCAGUGUAACUCGAUUGAAAAAAAUUGUUGCCAAUUUUAAAUGGACUAUAAUGGAUUUUGACUCAUUGCAUACAUGUGAAAAUAAACAACGAUUUCCAAUUAUUAAAUCAUCGACAUUUUUUUUAAAUGACAACGAAUGUGAAAAAUCAUUUCAAAUUUCUUUUCAUUAUGUUCAUAAAUAUGUACAUUUAAAAUGCAUACCGGAUUUACCAAGAUACACAACUGUUAAAUGUUCAAUUCUUAAUGAAGAUGGCAAACAUUUAUGGCAAUCGCAAACAUUUUUUCCGCCAUUGAAUCGAAUUUUAUUACCAUUCACUGAUUUAGGUGCUCAUUCAAAACAAACUUAUUAUUCACCAAAUAAUAUUUUAAGAUUGUUAUUUAGCAUUGAAAUUAUCGAAGAUCUUGUCACUGAACUUAUGAUUGAUUCAUUAUUGCCAACAUUUAAUAUUUUUGAACAAUUUCUUGAGAAUCAACAAAUUUGUGAUGUUACAUUUAUUAUUGGCAAUCAAGAAUUAAAGGCACAUAAAAUUAUUUUAGCUGCUAGAAAUCCCGUUUUUUUAGCAAUGUUCUCACAUGAAUAUUCCGAAACUAAAAAUAAUAUUGUCACAAUAUUGGAUAUAAGAUAUGAAAUUUUUAAAGCAUUAUUGCAAUAUAUCUAUAAUAGUGAGAUAAAAAAUAUUCACGAAAUCGCUGAUGAAUUAUUGAUUGCUGCUGAUAAGUAUUUAAUGAAUGAUCUUAAAUUGAAAUGUGAGAAAAUAUUAAUUAACGAUAUGAUAAAAGAAAAAGCUAUUAAUUUAUUAUCAAUUGCGAUACAAUGUAAAUGUAAAAAUUUAGAAGCUUGUUGUCGUUUCUUCAUUUUAGAAAUAUGA